GGCGCAGUGUCAUGGUGACGGGUCGCGCAGCAGUGCGCCCAGCUGCACGAGCUGGAUGGACGCGGCGCCAUUGCCGGAGCCCUUGUUAUCGAACUCGGCGCAGAAGUUGGCGGCGACUGAGUCAAAACAACCAAGUCUGCUUUGCUUCUAGAUGGCGACGGGAAGCUGGUAGCGGAGGAUGUGUUCCUACGACUAAAGGUUUGGGGUCUGGAUGGCCAGGGCUCGGCCUAGCGAAAGGCAUGCAACAGGGACGCUUCGGGCGCAAGGCCCUCAGAGGCGAGGCGGGCGGCUAGCAGCUGGGCUAGGCGGGUGGUGGACUGGACGGCCUCGGUGGAAAUGUAGACGGCUGUCUUGGGGAGACCACGCGGAGCGGGCAGCUGCAAUGCCAGCAGCGGAUGUCUUCGUAGUUGUCCUUGCCGAACACGUCAACACCCGACGGCGCGGCGAAGCAAAGGGCCCACCCGCGAAGAACCCAGCGCAGCCAGAUCGCGACUUCUUCCACAGCGUCUCUGUCGCUGACGUCAGAGCUGGGGAGCAGAUUGCGAACGCAGCUGGGAGAACGGUUGUCGAUGUCUGUUCCCGGACAGCUACCCCCAGACGGGCCCGGUCCACAUUGGCCCGUCACAGCGACUCGGGCUUUGUGCUCCUCGACGCCGUGGUGAAGCAGAUGAAGAGUGACAUGCAACGCCGCUUCGCAGACGCCGCCUGUCAGGCUUCCUCACGGUCACACCGUGUGCGAGGACUGUGUGUUAUUAUGGAGAGAGCAGCUCAACGAGUUUGCGAUGAGGCAUGUCGCGUGACAAUUGAGACGCGUGCCGAUGGUGUCUGGCGCGCUCAGCAGAGAUGGCAGCAGCGGGAGGCUGCCUAUGACAUGGCAGGCAAUGGUGCGGCGUGGCCGGCGACGGUGCGGCCAGCGACCCAUAGUCGGCGCAGCAUUGACAUGGCUCUGCAGUCUCAGCGCGCGGGCAGUUGGGCCUCUGUUGAGGGACCGGGGCGCGGCGCUGGUCACGGCGGUCUCUAG